AUGGACGGCCUCAUAAUAGCGACACGUCCUCCACCCCGCACCACCACAAAUGGCACGGCAGCAGCAGCACCAGCGCAGGAAGAGUUCCUAACUAUUGCCACCACCACUACCACCGCCACCACCACUGCAGGCCCCACCCGGAGCGACAAUCCAUCGGCAGCUCCGCCCGUGACGCAGCAAUCCUCCUUAUCCGAGAUCCUCGACCAACUUCGCUCCCCCAGCCCCACGUACGAUACCGUCGUACGCUGUUUCCGUUGCCUCGACCUCAGUCUCGAUCACGACAUCCUUAGGCCCUCCCCGCACUCCUCGCAGAUCACAAAGGUCCUGCUCGAACGAACGCUUCCAGAUUUCUGGGCCGUGCUGAAGCGGGAACGCGGGGCGCUGGCAAGAUGUUUAGGCUCCCCCACGGGGCUCGGCGGCAUCACGGCGAGGUUAAAAGCCCUGAUACCACCUGCCAGAAACGAGGAGGCGGCGGGGGCGAGUGGCGCUCGCCAAAAUCUGGGGGAUCUACUGGACCUGUUGCAGGUGGUGUUGGGGCGGGCGGAUUUCGUACACAGCGUGUGGGAACUCUCUAUCGUGAAGGAGACGGAGAUGAAAAGGGACAUACUGUGGAAGGAGUUUGCGACGUUGGUCGGCGGCGGCCGCUUACUGAGCGUGGCGGCCGAGGCUGAGACCACGCUGGGUCGGCUAACACCGCAGGAGCGCUGGGUGGGAACCGGAAAGCUCUAUGCGCUCUGGCUGGGACGCGGAAUCGCAGAGGCGUGCUUAGGCUUCGAUCCCGACGAGGCCGACGAUGCUGCCGCCUGGAAAGCAAUGUCGGUGCUGCUGACGGCGAGCUUCAGGCUGGGAUACUCGGACAGUGUGGUGGAUGGCCUGGUGCACAAGCUUAUCACUCCCCAGGAUGACUCGGCGGUCCGCCUGAGGAAGCUGGUUGUUCUGCUGCCGGUACAUGAUAAGCGAACAUUCAUCCUCUCAUUGUUGCGAGUGAUCUCGACUCGGCAUCUACAAUCGGAUGCCUUCGAGGAUGGUGACGAAACGUGGUGGAAACACGACGAAGCCAAAGUCGCUGGCGCCGCCGCACUCCUGGAGAAGAUCGUACUGCACGAUGACGAUUACCGAUCUCUGGUCCUGGAGUGGCUUACUUCGAGCUCUGGCGGGGGCAUUGGCGAGCCCAUCGCUCUCAGAAGGGCCAUCAUGGCGGUACUGGCGCAUGAAGGAUUGGCGUUCAGAGGGCUAUUUGAGAAGCUGCUGCAGCAGUUUGCCGACAAGCUCUGGAUAAAACACACCCCUAUUAUGCGGCAAGAAGUGAGCGUCCAGAUCCUCCUACUGUGCGCAGGUAUCGCGCGCCAGAACUCCCCCUCACUCCUCGCCCGCCUGGCCCGAUCAUUAAACUACCUCAGCGGCGUCUCGAACCACAUUGCGUCCUCAUCGCAUCGCUCUAGGUUCCUGGGGAUGAUCGUGGGCGAGGCCUUCUCGGCUCUCGUCGACAAGGACGCAAAGAUGAAGAUGUCCUUCGAAACCGAGGAUAUGCUGGGCUCGGAUGCUAAAUGGUGGAAGUCGAUUCCGUACAUCGAGGAUAAGAUUGGGGACAUCAAGGAUUUGAUUUCUGCUCCGAAGUCCGUGGUUAAGAAGCGCAAGCCCGUGGUUGCUGCUACGAGUACUACGGUCAGUUCCUCGGGGAUUCAGGUUGUCGAUGAGCAGGAAGACGAGGAGGAGGAAGAGGAAGAAGACGACGAGUUCACGCCAUAUGCUCUCCCCGACUCCGACACAGAGGAUGCACCAGACGAGGACGCAACGACGAUAGACAGGAACAAGCCAUCACCACCAGUUUACAUUCGCCAACUCCUCUCCUACCUCCUCUCGCCGGACAAUUACGACAAGCAGCUCCUGGCGCUGCAACACGCCUCGGCGCUCAUCCGGCGCAAAUCCGGCCCCGGCAACACCAGCAAAGAAGUGAUCUCUCACCUCUCCCAGCUCGCCGCCGCCUUUGCCGGCCUCGACGACCGCUACGACAUCCCCACGUUCGACGAGCUGCGCCGCGACGCCCUGGUCGCACUGAUCCUCGCCGCGCCCGAGAAGAUGGGCCCCUGGACCGCGCGUUCCUUCUACACGGGAGACUACGGCCUCGCGCAGCGCGCCAUGCUCCUCUCCACACUCGGCCUAGCCGCACGGGAGCUCGCCGGCUUCACCUCCGCCCCUCCCCCCACCACCCCGCACCUCCCAGCGCACAUAUCCUCUGUCUGGGGCUCCACCUCGGACCCUAUCACCUCCCUCUCCUCCACUCUCGCAAACACGUACCUAACCCCCCUCGCCGCCCGUGCCGCCGACUCCCUCAGCGGCCCCCGUAUCCUCAAGGUGCGCACCUUCUCCUCCCGCCUCGCAGUCCAAUCCCGCACUCCCGUGCCCACCACCCGUCCCAUCCUGCAGGCAUUCCCUUACCUCCUCCUCCCCCUAACCGGCGGCUGGAGCAUCGCGGCGCGCGACUACGCAGGCGCACAACCACACGCCGACCCCGCGCUACUAGUGCACCUCCUCAACACCUUGUCGGUACUCGUGCACGCGGCGGGGCCGGCCGCGCCCGCGCUGGCAGAUAUGUGUCGCGAGGUGCUGCAGCUGCUGGCGGGGAUAAGGGGCUCCGCAGCCGCCGCAGCUGCCGCCGCGGGCGAGGGCCGUGUGCGUGAGGCGGUGCUGCUGGGAGUGCUCACGGUGCUAGAGGUUAAUCUUGCUGGGGGGAGGGGGGCGAGGGGCGUCGCCGAGGAGUUUGGAGGCGUGCUGGGCGAGUGGAGGGGGUUUGCGGAGAGGUGGGUCGAUGGUGAUGGUGACGCCGAGGAGAGGACGAGGGCGCUGGCCGCGGGGGUGUUGGUUAGGAUUGGAGAGGUCGAGGAGGGGUGGAGGAGGGUGCUGUUUGCGGGGUCGGGCGUAGAUGAGGGGUUCUAG